AUGAGCAAUAAUGAGUACAAAAUUGUUGAACAAUUUUUGAAAUUUGUUCCUGUUCAAUCUACAACAGGUCAAAACUUGGCAGAUGUUCUUUUAGAAACAUUAAACAAUGUUGGGAUUGAUUUAAACUUUUUACGUGGACAAGGCUAUGAUGGUGCUUCUUCUAUGAGCGGCCAAUUUAAAGGCGUGCAGGCGUUUAUUUCAAAUAAAUACCCAACUGCAAUAUACGUACAUUGCGUUUCGCAUAGUUUAAACUUAGCUUUAUCAAAUUCAGCUGAAGUAGUUCCAAUUAGAAAUGCUUUUGGCAUUCUCCAAAAAAUAUAUACAUUAUUUAAUACCCCGAAACGGCAAAAUGUCCUUCAAAAUAAUAUCGAAACAUCAACUCAUAAUUCAAAUAAAACGAAAUUAAAGCAACUUUGUCCCACCAGAUGGGUUGAACGUCAUGAUUCGGUUAUUAUAAUGAAACAAAUGUUGUUGCCUGUAGUUGCAGCUUUAGAAGAAAUACAGUUAUGGAGUUGUAAAGACUCAUCGUCUAAUGCGUUCUUACUGUUAAGUGGGAUUCGACAAUCAAGUUUUAUUAUUUCACUAUUGUGUGCAGAAAAACUCUUAAGUUAUACUUUACCAAUCAGUAAAAUUCUUCAAACGAGUGAUUUAGAUAUUUCAGAGGCUUUGAAUAACGUAGACGGUGUAGUAUUCGUUCUUCGCGAGAUACGAACUAAUGUUGAAAAUGAAUUUAAAAUUAUUUUCGACGAAGCAAAUGAAAUUGCUAAUGCUUUAGAACUAACAAUUACUAUGCCCAGAUUAACAAAAAAUCAAACCAAACGAUGCAAUGUACCAGCAGAAAAUGAAGAAGAAUAUUAUAGACGUGCCAUUUUUAUUCCAUGGCUAGAUUCUUUUAUAAACAAUAUAUCCGACCGAUUUUUAAAGCAUAAAUGUAUUAUUAAAAGUUUUAAGUGUCUUUUACCAACUGGAAAUUCCCCUAAUCAAACAGAAAAAUCACAGUAUUUAAAACUUUUAGAAUUUUAUAAAAAUGAUAUACCAGAAAAUGGUGUUAACGCUGCAGUAGCCGAAUUUGAUUUAUGGUAUCAAAAAUUUAUUAGCUAUGCUUCAUAUUCACAGAGAAAUCGACGUUCAAACUUCAGAAGUACUCUCAGUAUUGGGGAAAAAAAGAACCAGGCGUCUCAAAUUUAUAAUUUAAAAGGUAUAACAUCACCGCUACGGCACGACUUAAAACCGGAACAAAAAAACAAAAUUAGUUAG